CAGAAGUGCAGUUGCUCUGCCAGCUGCGCCACGAACAUCUCGUGCCUCUUAUCGGGUACUGCAAUGAUAAGGACGAGAUGAUCCUUGUAUGCAAACUCAUGAUAAACGGGGCACUCCUUCAUCAUCUUUAUGGUUCUGGUUAUAAUCCACUCCCAUGGAAGCACAGGCUAAAGAUAUGCAUUGGUGCGGCUCGUGGAUUACAUUACCUUCAUGCUGGAGUAAAGCAUGCGGUAAUUCAUUGUGACGUCAAUAGCGGUAAUAUUGUUUUGGGCGACAAAUGGGUUAGUAAGCUUUCUGGUUUCACAUUAUCCAAGAUGCGUCCGCAACCUUUAUACUCUAGCACGUCAAAAGCUUCGAAAAAAAUCGACUCACGAUUGGUGGGUGCGACCAGUUAUGUGGAUCCAAAGUAUGACAAGGGUUGUGAACUUUCAGAAAAAUGCGAUGUUUACUCAUUUGGGGUUGUUUUAUUUGAAGUGUUGUGUGCUAGACCAGUCGUUGAUCCAACAUUAGACGAGGAUGAAAAAUUUCUAGUUCAUUGGGUUCGUCGGUGUAUAGGUGAAGGAACCAUUUAUAAUAUCAUUGAUCCAUAUCUGAUGGGGAGGAUAGCUCCAGGAUGUUUCAAGAUAUUCGUGGACAUUGCUUAUUGCUGUAUUAGUGAGAAGGGAGAUACACGGCCUGAGAUGGGUGAAGUGGAGCUCAUGUUAGAGUUUGCAUUGGAGAUGCAAGAGAAAGCAGAUUCUGAAUUGGUGGAUAUUGAUCCUCAUGGUAAAUGUAUGUACGAAGAAGUAACAUUUAGUAUUCCUGUUUCUGACCACAGUUUGUGAUAUUAAUGCUAGUUUAAAAUUGACUUAACGACAUAAUUUUUUUAAUUAAUCAAAAUAACUCAAUUAUUUCUUA